GAGACAGCCCCUAAUGUCUCAUAGUCCGGGGUCCAGAUGAAGCCUUUUACCGGUGGCUAUAAUCAAGUAAAAUGAGCUAGUAACUAUUAGCUGAUUCAACUACAUUUUUCCCAUUUGCACUUCUUUCUUUAAGAAUACAUUACCGUUUCGUUUGUGACUUUUUUAAACCGGUUGUACUGGUUUAACGCCUGAGACACUUUCCUCCCGUGGCUCGCACCCUAACCUCACGAAUACAUCUGUUCAGUCCGACAUGAAAAGAAACGGCGCGUAUAAGGUUUUGUCCGUAUUGUCGUUUUUCGUCGUGCUGCUGUUUAUGUUUCUGUUUUGGUUUUUUAUAUUUUACUCAAUUACUCUUGCACCAUAAGAAAGACUCAAGAGAUACACACACUGACGUUAGCAUAUUAUGCUACACUGUGAGGCUACUUACCCACAAUGCACAGCUCUGUUGACAAGUCCCGCGAUCACAUGAUCACCUCCACCAGGAAGUAAGGAUUUCUGAUUGUCGUACUUGGCUGCUCAAACUGUUAGUGAAGUGAUGGCAUCUGACACCAGUGAAGUAGCGUCCUCCACUCCAGACCUCAAGCUGCAGUUUGCUCCCUUCAGCAGCGCUCUGGAGGCCGGCUUCUGGCACCAGCUGACUCAGAAGAAACUCAACGACUACAGAUUGGACGAAAGCCCCAAGUGUAUCAAAGGAUAUUACUACAAUGGUGACCCACUUGGUUUGCCCACUCGCCUGACAUUGGAGUUCAGUGCAUUUGAAGUGGACGGUCCCACACCAGCCCGUUGCUGUCCAACUGUUGGAACGCUGUAUAACACCAACACACUCGAUGCCUUUAAGACCUCCGAUAAGAAGGCUCUGCUGGAGAAAGAGGCCAAGGAGAUAUGGGAUGCUAUACAGUCCGGGGCUGCGUUGAAGGACCCGUCUAUCCUCUGCAAAUUCAUCCUGCUGACCUUUGCAGAUUUGAAGAAGUACCACUUCUACUACUGGUUCUGCUUCCCUGCUCUUUGUUUCCCAGAGGGAAUAAAGAUUGUGAAACAGCCCUCUGCCCUAGAACAAGUUUUCUCAGCAAAACAGAUCACAGCCUUGCAGGAUGCCUAUGACUCAAUGUGUAUCCAAAAAGAGACCACUGCAGUGCCUUACUUCCUAAUGAAGUACACAGAAGACACGGUUCAGAUGGCUGCACUCAGUGACUGGGACACGUUCUUCACUGAUACUAAGAAGGUUACUGUGGGCGUCUAUGAUCCGUGUACUCUGUCUCAACAUCCGGGCUGGCCUUUGAGAAAUCUGCUGGUCCUCUUAGCUUACCAAUGGGGCUCUAAGCUGGACACAGUGGAGGUGCUGUGUUUCAGGGACAGAACUCUGCAGGGCAGCCGCUCCAUUCAGCACAGUGUCAUCUUCCAGAUAAAACUACCUGAGUUUCCCCUCAACUCAGCGUGUCCCAAGAGCGUAGGUUGGGAGAAGAACCCAAAGGGGGCCAUGGGUCCAAGGAUGGUCAACCUCAGCGAAUGCAUGGACCCUAAAAGGCUUGCAGAGUCCUCAGUGGACCUGAACCUGAAGCUGAUGAGAUGGAGGCUGGUUCCUACCCUGGACCUGGACAAGGUGGUCUCCACAAAGUGUCUCCUGCUGGGGGCCGGGACUCUGGGCUGCAAUGUAGCCAGGGCUCUCAUGGGAUGGGGAGUGAGACACAUCACGUUUGUAGACAACGCGAAUAUUUCAUACUCCAAUCCAGUCCGGCAGCCGCUCUAUGAGUUUGAGGACUGUCUCGGAGGAGGGAAGUCCAAAGCCCUGGCAGCUGUGGACCGCCUCACAAAGAUCUUUCCUGGUGUGAAUGCAGAGGGAUUCAACAUGAGCAUCCCUAUGCCCGGUCACCCGGUGAAUUUCUCUGAGGCCACUCUUUCCCAGGCCCAGAAGGAUGUCGAGCACCUGGAGAAGCUCAUUUCAGAACACGACGUGAUCUUCUUACUAAUGGAUACGAGGGAGAGCCGCUGGCUGCCCACAGUGAUUGGCGCAAGCAAGAGGAAGCUGGUGAUGAACGCCGCUCUAGGCUUUGACACAUUUGUCGUGAUGCGCCACGGCCUGAAGAAACCCCCCGUCAGUCAAAGUGUUUCUGCAGGGGCCGACUCCUCCACUUCCUGUUCUUCUGCCUCGUCUUCAUCCUCCACACCCGCCGGCGCUGCACCUACUGUCCCAGGAUCCUCUCUGUUCUCCAACAUCCCAGGGCACAAGCUGGGCUGCUACUUCUGCAACGAUGUGGUGGCACCAGGAGAUUCAACCAGGGAUCGGACUCUGGAUCAGCAGUGCACGGUCAGCAGACCAGGCCUGGCCAUGAUAGCUGGAGCCCUCGCUGUGGAGAUGAUGGUGUCCAUACUGCAACACACUGAAGGAGGCUAUGCAAUAGCCAGCAGCAGUGAUGACAGGAUGAAUGAACCUCCCACCUCUCUGGGUCUAGUGCCACAUCAGGUCCGACACACACACACACAUGCACGCACGCACGCACGCACGCACACAAGCAGUGGCCAUCUAGACUUUUCCUUGCUGGAGAUCACUCAAAAGUCAAUCGUUUAAGGCAUCAAGUAAUGC